UGAAGAUCAGCCGCAGCAUGGAGCACACGUUCACUACAGUUAUUAUGCUCCAAUAUUGAUGCAAAGGCAAUAUGUUAAAUGGUGAUCACUUUUUGAUAAGGAGUUUUUAUUUAUUUAAGUAAUAUUCUGUUGGAUAUAAAAAAACGCAGAUCAGAAGCUUAGUGCUGAAUAUUUGGAUGAGCUGAACACACCAAAUCCAAAAGUAAAGAUCAUCUGGAGAUUACUGUACCAUCAGGUACUCUAAUGGAGAUUCAAUUGUCUUGUGCCUUGGCCCUCUUGCUGUUUUUUGUGGAGACACACUGUGUAGACAGACACAAGGAAGCCUCUAAUGCAGACACUUCCAAGAGUGAUGCCAGUCAAAAAAGGCCAAAUGGAGAGACAGUGAACAAGCCAAGCCGCUGUUCCUGCACCUUCAUUGUGCCCCAGCAGAAGCUAACAGGGGUCCUCUGCAUGAGCACAGAGUCAGCCCGUGCCAACCAGUCUGAGAUGGCAGCCCUGCGAGAGCUUUUAGACCGGCAACAAGAACAACUGGACAGAAUGCAUGGGCAACUAGAGCAGGAAGGGGCACUGGCUAAUGAUACGAGAGUUCUGCGCAGGGAGAGUGUCAGCAUGAAUGCCCGUAUCACCCAAAUCUAUGCCCAACUGCUGAAUGAGAUCAUCCAGAAGAAGGAUCAGGCUUUGGAGCAACGGCGGCUUGAGAAUUUGGUGCUUAAUGCAACAUCCCAGGUGUUGCACGUGUCUAGUAAUUAUAGGGACCUGGAAAAGAAGUAUGACAUGCUCACUUCACUAGUGAGCAACCAGAGCCAGUUAAUAACACAUCUGGAGAAACAGUGCCAACUCAAGGACUCAACCAACGCACAGCAGGAGGCGACAUCACUUCCAGUUCAACAGUCAAAUGGAUUUCUGAAGGUGAAAUCAGAGCCCAAACACAUCACCAGCAAUGUCCAAAGAGUCCAAAGUGCCCCUUUGACACAGGAACAGAGAUUGCAGGAGUCACUGGAGACCUUAGAUGACUCACCCAGUCACCCUACAGACACACCUUUCACCAGUUACCCUGUAACAAAAUCUCCAGGGCCAUGGCAGGACUGUCAGCAUGUGCUGGAGUCAGGAGAGACAACCAGUAGCAUCUACCUGUUGCGUCCACACAACACUAACCGUCUGCUGCAGGCCUGGUGUGACCAAAGCAGAGCUCAGGGUGGCUGGACCGUCAUCCAGAGGAGACAGGACGGCUCUGUCAACUUCUUUAGGACCUGGGAGCAGUACAAGCAAGGCUUUGGAAAUUUGGAUGGAGAAUACUGGCUGGGUCUGGAGCACCUAUACUGGCUCACCUCUCAGGCCACCUACAAGCUGCGAGUCAUGAUGGAGGACUGGCAAGGACGUCAAGUGUUUGCAGAAUAUGACAGCUUUCAGGUGGAACCAGAGAGUGACUGGUAUCGUCUACGGUUAGGCAGUUACCAAGGCAACGCAGGAGACUCUCUCUCAUGGCACAACAAUAAAGCUUUCACCACUCUGGACCGUGAUAAGGAUGCUUACUCAGGUAACUGUGCUCAUUACCAGAAGGGCGGUUGGUGGUAUCACAUGUGUGCCCACUCUAACUUGAACGGGGUUUGGUACAGAGGUGGCCAUUAUCGAAAUAGAUACCAGGAUGGUAUUUACUGGGCGGAGUUCCACGGAGGCUCAUACUCCCUGAAGAGUGUUGCCAUGAUGAUCAAACCUGUGUAACAUGAAUAGAGACACAUUUGCAGACCACUUUUAAUGAGUUUUAAAUAGAAUUAUGCAACAAUAAACACAAGACAGAAGACAUUUGUGACAAUAAGCAUAAUUGUCUUUGAGGAGCUUCAGGUUCAUUCAUUGACUUUCCUUAAAAUUGUUGAUGCAAAGGCCAUCAUUUUAAUAUUUUAUUUCAGAUAUCUAAUGCGCCAUAUUAUUUCAUAUUACUGUUUGGUAUUGCAUUAAUGUACAUAAUGUUUAUUUUUUAGUCCUUAUCAUUCAGAAUUAUAGGUGACAGGUUACAACCCACAGACAAUACAUCAACAGAUGUAAUAAAAUAAAAAAUAAAAUAAAUGUAAUAAAAAUUUGC